AUGCCAUUCAAUCGAUCAAGCACCCUUCCGACUCUCUCAUUGGAGGACGAAAGAUAUCUCAACCAGGAUCUUAGUCCCCAGUCUCGUCCAAUGGAUAUUUUCAAGGGAUGCGACCCUGUGCCAGGCAACUGGUCCUAUGACAGUGCAAUCGAUCUGUUCUCUCUGAACCCCGCCGAUAUGGAUCCAGUGUCGUUCGACUUUUCCGACAACUUGACAAAUGAAGACACCAAGGAUUUAUUCAUAGAUCCAUUCAGAACACCAACUGCAAUCAAUGGUUUCACGAUGCCCACCGCAGACGACACAGUUUCUCUCUCAUCGGACCUAGACAGUGACGAUCAGUCCUGGCCCGCCGGGAUGUGCCAAUCCAUCGACAUGACUAUCGCCGAAGAACCCACCAAACCAUCCAGACCAGUCACCCGCAACUCCGCCCAAAACACCGCCUCAACGCGAUGGUCCUCCAGCCCCGAAAUGAAACCCCAAGAAUACAUUACCCCCAAGCAAACAAAAACAUCCGGUCGGAAAACUCGCAGUCUCUCGCAAGACUCCAACCGCUCCUCAAGCCAAGACCCACAGAUGCGUAACGCCGCUAAAAGAGCCGCCCACAACAUCAUCGAGAAACGCUAUCGCACAAAUAUGAACGCCAAGUUCCUCGCUCUGGAAAAGGUGAUCUCCCCCGCCGGAGUCCACAAACAAUCCAGAGGAGGCGCAGGAAGUCUCAAGAAAUCUGAAAUCCUCAGCAACGCCCUCGCAUACAUCGAAAGCGUGCAACAGGAAAACGCAGCCGUGCACAAGGAACUCGCGCUUUUGAAACAAAAUCUUCUCCCCGGUGGGAUGUGGCGACACAAGCAGCCGCGCGCCUAA